UCUCUCUCUGUUCCACUGUUCCAGCCAGUUAGGCGGAGAGAGAGCUAGGCAGAAGCAGCAGCAGCAGGAGAAACCAGAGCCGCCAAAACACCAGACGUCUGCCUGAGCCGCUGGGGCUGCCUUACAGUCCUGGACCAGGGCUAACAGGACUUUUGUACAGUUUAUUUCCAGGAGCAUCUUUAGGGACUGAGACCUGCUCCUCCAGCUGCUGUCAACGCCACGUUUGGAAUUCAUGUGAGGAACCUGCAGACAGCAGAGUUACACACAGUUCCAUCAUUUAUUUGUUACAAGGGGAAGAAGUUUAGUUUUCUGGAAAACAUCUGCAGACCUUGUGACAAUCCUUCAGCUACUUUAAGCAGGUUUCAAAGACUUAAACAUCUGAGUUACUGCAACCAAAGGACCCACACACUGCCGGAUUACAAACAGUUUAAUGACCUUUUUUUUGGCACACUUGAAGAAGUUCUGGAUUUUGCAAACUACCAACAAUCAUAUAAGUGAUUUCCAUAGUUUUAAGUUGGAGUUGUGGAGCACCUUUUCAUCACUUAACAGUCAACAGUUUUUUAAGGUUAUGAAAGAGAAGUGAUCUGAACACCUGCUGAUAACUCUUUAGUUUGUUUCAGGAGCCGAUCUGGAGUUCAAUCCUGUUUUUUUUUUCCUAAGGAGCACUUCGAGGUAAAAAAAAAAGUGGUUUUCAAGAAAAAUCAGACAACUAAAGGAUGCACAAGUAGCAGGAUUACAAACAGUUUUAUCAAUCUUCCUCACAAAGGAGGAAGGGAAGUUUAGUCAUCCAUUCACAUUAUUUAAUGAGCUAAAAGGUCAUCACUUUAAGGGAAAAAAAAACAGAAUACUAACCGUGGUUCUAUCCAGUUUUAUUUUGCAAAGGAGGAAGUUUGGGUUUAAGGACAUAUUGCAUUGUCUCAUGGACUUUCUGCAGCCAGAAUUUGUUAAACAGUGAGCAAAAAUGUUACCUAUUUGGAGUUAUUUGUGUAAAUUACUACUUCCAAGGAGAAUCAAGUACCUUUCAAAUUUCACCUGAAAAACCUAAAGGAUACAAAUUCCUUUAGGUUUUAACUUCACAUUAAGAGAGAAUUAUAGUUUGUUCCUUUAGCUGGUAAGGACAUAAACUUGACUGUUUGGGGUUUGAUGUUUCGAGGACCUUUAUGUGACUUAAAGUUUUUACCUUUAAGUAAGAACCCUUUGGAUCCUGGUCUCUCCAGCAUCCCGUGAGAUUUCCACUGUCUGCUGAAUCAUCAUCUAAGACUGCGAGGAGUUAACAGUAACUGUUAGAGUCCUGCAGUGGCUCAUCAGACUCCCCUCUUUCAUAUUUCAGAGAUGCAGGACGGCUCUAACAGCCGCCGCUGCAGCUCAAGGACUACGACUGUCUGCUGUAAAUUUGUGAGAAGAUAAAAGGUGACAGUGAGGAGGUGACUGCGGGAUUUGGGGUUGUUCUGCACUCCCUCGUAAAGACGCUGUAAAGACCAGCUUCAAGAGCCACUAAAAGGAGUUGAUCUCUCUGUCAAACAUCAAGGACGUCUUUUUCCACUGUUCAGAGAUCAGAGCAGCAAAAAACUCCACUGACACCAACAAAGUAUUUUUCUAUUUUCUGACAUCAAUGAAACUUUUAUGUGUCUAAUUUUCCUCAUUAGGUGCUCAUUAAGGAAAUCCUCUCCAAUACCAGGGACAUUUUCCAGCUUGCAGAGCUCCCCUUCUGAGGGAUACUUUAAGUUUCCUUCUUUCUUUCUUCUGAGCUUGAUGGCAAGACAACUACAGAAACUACAGAUGCCAUGAGGAGGUGGCGUGAAGACGGCGUAGCAGAAAAGUCUGCUGGGAGUGUGUAAAAGUGUGUGUGCAUGCUGUAGAUAAUGUGCAUGAGAGAGUGUGUGUGGUGCUCAUGUACGUAUCCGUGCAUGUGUGUGUGCAGCUGACUGUGUAUUUGAGUUGUACAAAAGGGCCCAGACGCCCACAUCACACAGUGCGACAGCUACUCGGCUGCUUCUGAGUUAUUUCCUGUUGCUCAAUACUUGUUGACUCGCUGUGAGGAAAAAUACAUCAACCAGUCGGAUAUGAGAAGGAAAAAUUUCAGCAUGAACAAACAAAAUUUUCAAAUAUUACUGGUGGGGAAACUGCAGAGCAAAGCUGGAGGUCGGACCAGUCGACUGGAACGUGCUGCUCUGAUUGGAUGAUUACUGCUCUCUCUUUUUUGUUUCUUUUUUGUCCUGAACUAUUUAGGCUUUUCUGUUUUGGCAACACAUCAGUUGUCUUUUUGAGUUUUCACAGAGACACAUCAACCAGGCCUUGAUGAUGUGGAUAUUUAUCAUUAUUGAACUCAGAUUCUUGGAUCUUGGAUUACAGCUGUUCCACCUUAACUGACUGCAGAGCAUCAUGGGAGACUUUUUGUGCAGCCAUGCUUCCUGGAGGACUGGUGUCAGGUGGAGGGGGUCGUGGCGGCAGCAGGCUGUGCCUGCUCCGGUGGCUGGGCCUCAGGCUGUGGUCCCGUCGAGGGACCCUGGUGUUUGCUCUGCUCUGGUUCGGCUCCUGGUUGUUCUUGAACGGCCUGGUCCUGGUCCACAGGAGUAUCCUGUCCGACUACUGCACCGACGACAAGAGCAAGAGGAUUCUGCAGAGGCUGUGCCUGGAGUUUGGUGAGGGCUCGGUGACAGGGGACAUGUGUGAGGACCUGUGUGUGCUUGGCCUGGUUGAGUACAAGCGCUGCCUCUACUAUGAGAAUGGGAAGAAGGUGAUUGAAGCACGCUGGAGAGGAAACCCCGUCAUCCUCAAGUCCAAACUGGAAAACUUUUCAUCCUACGAACCACUGGGAAUCCUGGACUAUCAGGACACAGCAGAGGAGCUCUCCCCGCUUGAUGUGGUUUUCUACGCCACUCUUGAAAUACUAAACUCUCUGGGGCUGGCUGAAGAGAAUGAGGAUGAAGAGGGAGGAGGAAGUAACAGCUCUCUGGCCAGACUUUGGGGGAAGAAGCUGAAAAACAGAGAUAAGAGUUACUCCAGAGCAGAGCUGGCCUCACUCUGGUCUCUGCUGCAGCAGGAAGAGUAUACCUUUCUCAGAGUCCUGCAGGACCUCAGCACCCACGUUGCUAAGGUGCUGGGCUCCUGCGGUCAUUUCUACGCAGUGGAGUACCUGUCUGCUGGGCACGCCUGGGACCAGAACAUCUUCUCCCUGGAGGAGGUGGCUGUGUCUGGGCUGCAGGAUCCCGGAGCCCGCGGGAGGUGGACUGCCAGGGAGAUGGUGCACCACAUCGCACUGAGUUUCCUGGACAUGGUGUGGCACUUUGACAAUGACUUCACCCACAAGCUGCAUCUGUGUGACAUCAAACCAGAGAACUUUGCCAUUAGGAAGGACCUGACGGUGGUGGCGAUUGACGUGGACAUGGCAUUCUUUGAGCCAAAGAUGAGGGACAUCCUAGACCAGAACUGCAGCAGCGAUGAUGACUGUAACUUCUUCGACUGCUCGUCCUGGUGCAACCUGAACAAACGCAGGUGCAGCCCCCGCCGUCGCAACAGCAACCUGCAGGUAAUUUGUGAGAAGAUCUUCAGGCCAUGGUUUUCUCCCACACUGCUCGGGGCCAAAGCUGGUCUCCCUCUGCAGGUGGAGUUGCAGCGAGCGGUGCAGGAGUGUUCAGAAACAGAUGGAGGUGUGGAUGAGAAGGAGGAGGAUGGAGGAGGAGGAGAGGCAGAUCAGAGCAGGGACGUCCAUCAGCGCCUCUUCAGCAUCCUGACGCGCCUCCUCAAGGAAGGAGGGGCCUCGGGUGAGAGGACAAGGGUCUGGGAGGAGAAGGGCCACGUCCACACUGCACUCAACUUCUGAGGAGAUGAAGUGGAGACUGUAAGGGACCUAUGAAUGGCCCUAGUGAUAACAGGUCCCCACUAAAGGGAGAGCCUCAGACAUACACAUGUGCACUCUUUCUACAGGAGGAAAAUCAGUUUCUUCUUUGGGAAGUUUUGAACAAAAAAAAGGUGGGGACAGAGAUGUUGAAACACUCAUCCUGGAAACUAAUUACCCUCAUGGAGAAAACACAGAUGUUUGUUUACACAUUUGCUGAUAGAAAAGUAUGAAAUCAGAGCUGCAGUUUUAGCCACCAGCAUGAUGUUUCAAUCCAGACUGAUUUUUAACAAAUAUGGCCCAUUUCUGUCAUUAUUACAUUAUAUCUGGUCAAAACAUGAACUAUAAAUAUAUACUAUAUAGCUAAAAGUAUACGCUUGUCUAUUUGGUUUGUUUCUUCUGGUUUUGGCCUCUUUGUUCCCCUAAAGGGAAAUCUUAAUGCUGAGGCAAACAACAAUAUUUUAGACAAUAAUGUUCUUCCAUUCUGGGAUGAGAUGAACUGUGAUUCAGACCUCAUCACCAACACCAGUGUUGGAAUUCAUGUGUCUGAAUGGGAUCAAAUCCUUGCAGCAGGUUCAACAUCUGGUCGAAAGACUGAAACCAGGAGAGCGGAGGCUGGCAUACUUUUGUGUACAUCUUUGGGUAAUAUACACAAACCAGAUUUUGCAUCUCAGUUUCAACUGUUUCUUUAUUGUCAAUGUGCCUCCAGAUUUUUUUCUGGAUGUAAAAAUGUUUAAUAAUGUUGUGAUUGCAGAAAAUCACAUUGGAUUUUGUCAACGUCUUGACCAGGACUGUAAUGCUGAGUAAGUGAGCUCAGCAAUGCCUUAAGUGUCACCUCAUCAGAGGAACAUUUUAUGGAUCCUCUCAGGGGUGAAUUCACAGAGGAUUUUUGCGGCUGCUGAUAAAAUCAUGAAUUGAGCAAUGUAACCACUAUCUGCCCCGUCUCGGGGUCUGAUUCACCAAAGAUAUUACACUAAUUAUAUUGCAGCACAAACACAGCCAUAAAGUGUUUGCAGCUGACUGAAAUUAUCUAGGUGGUGAAGUAUAAAUGUUACCUUUGCAGAACAGGCAGAACAAUGGCAGAGUGAAAAAAAGUGAUCAAUGUUCAGAUGACGUGCUACAGGUGCAGAGGAAUUUCUCAAAACUUUAUGCAGGAAUUUAAAUGUGACAGAGAGAAACUGUAUUUAUGAUUUGUUGUCUGUUAGUACGCUUCAGAUCCGACCAACUCUCUUAAGACACUAAAAAUUUUACUGUAACUGUGUGGCUGGUAGCGCUGAUCUUUGUGAACUGGACUGUAUUUGCAGUGAAGCUCACUUGCAUAGAAAGGGGCCAAUUUUGCACCAAAUGUAUGCAUAUUACCUGAUUUAAAUAUGUGAAAAUAAGCACAGGAGCAUCAAGACACUGUUUGCUUGACAGCGCAGUUCUGGUGCAUUUUGUCCUUUGUGGGUGCAUUUGAAAAUUACAUGGUUUCCAUUUGUGCAGGUUUAGCAGCUGUAAAAAUUACAAUAUCCUUUGUGAAUUCACCCAUCAAAGUUUUUUCCUCCUUUAUGUAUCCUGUUAGUCUCAGUGAGAUUUUUAAAAAAAAUCUCUCGUUUGAAGAGAGACUGCAGUAAGAAAACAACUGUGUAGAUAAAUGUAAGCUGCAGACAAGCUGUAACAAUGUACUAAUUGUAUUAACUACUAAUUAAUAAGUAAGUAAGUAAAUAAAUGACUAAUAGCUGUCUUGGUCAUUUUUAGGCUUUCAGUUUGGGUUUUUAAAAGUAGAUAACUAUUAUUUGUUUGGUUGUAACCGCUGCAGUUUCAACAGUUUAUUCAAAACUGUAGCAAACAACGUACCCCAAACUUACAUAUCUGUCAUAUUACAACAUCAUCUCAUCGCUACUCAUCAUAUACUGCCACUUAGGUAGGACCCCGGCAUUACUAUAAUGACGCAGGGGCCAGAGCCUUUUUUGUUCUAUCUUGACGCAGAAGGGGUCGGUGGUCAGAUUUAGGCAACAAUACUACUUGGUUAUGGUUUGGGUAAGAUAGCUGAUGGCACUUAAUGUUAUCCAGCUUUGUGUGGCACAAAUGCGGUGGUGAGAAGGGGUAGGCAGUGAGCUUUAGGCAGCAAUACUACUUGGUUAUGAUUAGAAAACAAUUGCAGAUGUCACUAAAAACAUACAUGUCUUUAAAUAGCGCAAACACGGCUAUAAGUAGGUGAUCAGCGGUUAGGUUUAGGCAAAAACACUGCUUGGUUAUGGUCAGGGAAAGAUACCAGAUGUCGCUAAAAAAACUCCUGGCUUUGUGUGGCACAAAUGCGGCAGUCAGUAUGGGUCACCUGUUGGGUUUAGGCAAAAACACUACUUAGUUAUGGUUAGGAAAAAAGUAUGCAUCACAGUAAAAAAACACCCAGCUUUGUGUGGUACAAAUAUUUCUGUGAGAAGGCAUCGGUGGUUAGGUUUAGGCAACGCUACUUGGUUAUGGUUAUGGUUAUGGAAAAGACUGCCGAUGUUGCUUAAAAAAAAGCAAGCUUUGAGUGGCAUGAAUGCAGCUGGAAAGGCAGCAGUGUGUCGCUAAAAAAACAUCCAGCUGUAAUUGGCACAAGCGCUGCAACUGAUGUUAUUUGUUGGUCUCGAACACUGCUCUCCUGGGUCAAAGUCCAGUGCUUGUUGGAAUCACUAUUAUGACAUCUGGGACGCUGUCCAAGCCAUGUAUUUUGAGGCAAUGGGAGUGAGACCAGGCUGGAUAUUAAUUGUGAGCAGAAUUAAUAAUUCCUCCCUCAAGGUGUUCUUGAGAUAUUGUGUUUAUGAGGAAGAGACUGACCGGGUCACACUGACUUUGCCCUUUGACCACCAACAUCAAAUCAGUUCAUCACUGAGUCCAAGUGGACGUUUGUGCCAAAUUUAAGGAAAUUUUCAUCAUUGUAUCCUAUUAGUGUAAAAUAAUUUUGCCAUAAUUAGCAAAUUAUGAGUUAUGGCCAAAAAAAUGUUUUGUGAGGUCACAGUGACCUUCGACCCCCAAAAUCGAAUUAGUUCACAGUUGAGUAAAUAUUUGUGCAAAAUUUUAAAAAAUGUCCUCAUGGUGUUCUUGAGAUGUUGCGUUCACAAGAAUAGGAUGGACAGAUACACCUACAUUCAUACAUAGGUAUAGACAGAAAACCCAAAAACAUAAUACCUCUGGCUAUGUCUAUCGGUGGUAGGGAAGCAUAAAAUUGGAAUCUGUCACUAACAUACAUACCUAAAGUAUGGCUGGGUGAUUAAUCAAAUUCUAUUUUUGAUAACGACUUUGGCUCCAAAUACUAUAAAAACAAGAUAGUUGAAAUUAAAUGAUUAUUUGGCGCAUUCUGUUUUGUAAUGAUGGUCCUGUUUUGACUUGUGUUAUGAAUCCACCACUUUCAUUUAUUUAUCUAUUUUUUUUUUUACUUUUAUUUUUUUAUCAAAUUAUAUUGAAAAGUUCAAAUUAAUCUGCUAUCAUAAAGUUUUCUCUUAAAUUCAAGAAAUGCAUGAUGUUUCCAAAGUCAAUAAGUAAUCAUGUUGAAUAAUUCGGAUCUUAAAGUUGACCAAAAUAAUCCUGUUUGUUUGUUUUUGUUUUUUUCCCAAAAUUAAGCAGCCCUACUUACAAAGCCCUUUCGUUGCCCGACUGAUUCAUUUGUGUUUUGGUGUUCAUGUCUGAGGUCAGACUGGAUCACAUGGAUUCUGUCAGCUUUAUUGCCAUGAUUUGUGAAGACUAACGGUCUCUCAGGUACCAGGCUUCUGUAAAUAGAAAUAUUCAUAUGUAAAGCUGAGUUGAAUAAUAAAAUGU